CAUCAAGUGGUACGCAGGCCAUUGGACAAACAGGAUAUACUUACAGCUAAGCCAAGAUAUUGUUUUUGAUACAAUGAGACUGUUUAUACUUUGUCUGCUUGUCGCUACAGGCGCAACAUUUACACUGUUUGGCCCGCAUAUUCGUAUUGUACCUAGUCAAAAGCGCAAUGAAAUAAUACUGCACUUUCGUAAUCCUUGCAACAAGACGAGCCAAACUACUCUUAAACCACCACCAACACAGUGCAAGCAUUAUCCAACAAAGCAAAACUGUGAACAUACUUCUUCACAUGUACCAAAAACUACAACUUCACAUAACUGGCAGCAAGAAACAACGCUGACAAUUACAUCGACCCAAAAACCUGUGGUUCGUACAACUUUCGGUGAAACAGCUAAGCCAAGUACUCAGAAGCCGACAACGUUGAAGUCAACUGAGCCUAAUAGAACAACAAAUAGGCCAAGCACACACAAGUCAAUAACGUUCAAGCCAACUGAAAUAAGUACCGCAUCAAUUAAACCAAUUUCUCAAAAACCAUCAACGAUAAAGCCAAAUGAUUCAAGUUCUACAAAAGUUAGGUCAAGUACUCCGAAGUCAACCACGUUAGGGUCAACUCAAACAAACGAAACAACAUAUAUGCCAAGCACCCAACAGUCGUCAACAUCGAAGCAAAGUAUAACCACUGAGACAACAAAUAAGUCAAGUACCCAAAUGUCGACCACGUUCAAACCAACUAUAGCAAAAUCAACGAAAAUUAACCCAAGUACUCCGAAACCAACACAAAAAAACAAAACAACAAAAAAGCCAAGCACCCAAAAGCCUUCAACGAAACAGCCAACUGAUUUAAGUUCUACAACAAUUAAGUCAAGUACCCCGAAGUCAACUAAGUUGCAGCCAACACUAACAACAAUUAUUCUAAGCACCCACAAAUCGAAUACAGUUAAGCCAACUGGCGAAAGUGAUACCUCAAUUAAGCCAAGUACUCAAAAGGCGACAACGCUGAACCCACAUGAAGCAAGCACAAUAACAAUUCAGCCAAGUACUCCGAAGCCAACUCAAAUAAAAAGAACAACAAAUAAGCCAAGCACCCAAAAGUCGACUACGUUCAAACCCACUGUAGCUAGAAUUACAACAAAUAAACCAAGUUCUCAAAAGCCAACAACGCUGAAGCCAAUUGAGCCAAGUAAAACAACAAAAGAGCCGAGCACCCAAAAGCCGUCUACAAAACAGCCAACAGAUUUAAGUUCUACAACCAUUAAGUCAAGUACCCCGAAGUCAACUAAGUUGCAGCCAACUCUAACAACAAUUAUUCCAAGCACCCAAAAAUCGAAUACAGUAAAGCCAACUGGCGCAAGUGAAACCUCAAUUAAGCCAAGUACUCAAAAGGCGACAACGCUGAACCCACAUGAAGCAAGCACAAUAACAAUUCAGCCAAGUACUCCGAAGCCAACUCAAAUAAAAAGAACAACAAAUAAGCCAAGCACCCAAGAGCCUUCAACGAAACAGCCAACAGAUUCAAGUUCUACAACAAUUAAGUCAAGUACAACAACGCUAAACCCAACUGAAGCAAGUACAAUGACAAUUCAGCCAAGUACUCCGAAGCCAACUCAAACAAAUAGAACAACAAAAAAGCCAAGCACCAAAAACCCGACAACGUUCAAACCAACUGUAGCUAGAAUUACAACAAAUAAACCAAGCACACAAAAGCAAACAACGCUGAAGCCAAUUGAGCCAAGUAAAACAACAAAAGAGCCGAGCACCCAAAAGCCGUCUACAAAACAGCCAACUGAUUUAAGUUCUACAACAAUUAAGUCAAGUACCCCGAAGUCAACUAAGUUGCAGCCAACUCUAACAACAAUUAUUCCAAGCACCCAAAAAUCGAAUACAGUAAAGCCAACUGGCGCAAGUGAAACCUCAAUUAAGCCAAGUACUCAAAAGGCGACAACGCUGAACCCACAUGAAGCAAGCACAAUAACAAUUCAGCCAAGUACUCCGAAGCCAACUCAAAUAAAAAGAACAACAAAUAAGCCAAGCACCCAAAAGUCGACUACGUUCAAACCAACUGUAGCUAGAAUUACAACAAAUAAACCAAGUUCCCAAAAGCCAACAACGCUGAAGCCAAUUGAGCCAAGUAAAACAACAAAAAAGCUAAGCACCCAAAAGCCUUCAACGAAACAGCCAACAGAUUCAAGUUCUACAACAAUUAAGUCAAGUACUCAGAAGUCAACCACUUUGAAGCCGACUCAAACCAGUUCUCAACAGCCAUCAACCCUGAAGCCAAUUGAGCCAAGUAAAACAACAAAAGAGCCGAGCACCCAAAAGCCGUCUACAAAACAGCCAACUAAUUUAAGUUCUACAACAAUUAAGUCAAGUACCCCGAAGUCAACUAAGUUGCAGCCAACUCUAACAACAAUUAUUCCAAGCACCCAAAAAUCGAAUACAGUAAGGCCAACUGGCGCAAGUGAAACCUCAAUUAAGCCAAGUACUCAAAAGGCGACAACGCUGAACCCACAUGAAGCAAGCACAAUAACAAUUCAGCCAAGUACUCCGAAGCCAACUCAAAUAAAAAGAACAACAAAAAAGCCAAGCACCCAAAAGCCUUCAACGAAACAGCCAACAGAUUCAAGUUCUACAACAAUUAAGUCAAGUACAACAACGCUAAACCCAACUGAAGCAAGUACAAUGACAAUUCAGCCAAGUACUCCGAAGCCAACUCAAACAAAUAGAACAACAAAAAAGCCAAGCACCAAAAACCCGACAACGUUCAAACCAACUGUAGCUAGAAUUACAACAAAUAAACCAAGCACACAAAAGCAAACAACGCUGAAGCCAAUUGAGCCAAGUAAAACAACAAAAGAGCCGAGCACCCAAAAGCCGUCUACAAAACAGCCAACUAAUUUAAGUUCUACAACAAUUAAGUCAAGUACCCCGAAGUCAACUAAGUUGCAGCCAACUCUAACAACAAUUAUUCCAAGCACCCAAAAAUCGAAUACAGUAAAGCCAACUGGCGCAAGUGAAACCUCAAUUAAGCCAAGUACUCAAAAGGCGACAACGCUGAACCCACAUGAAGCAAGCACAAUAACAAUUCAGCCAAGUACUCCGAAGCCAACUCAAAUAAAAAGAACAACAAAUAAGCCAAGCACCCAAAAGUCGACUACGUUCAAACCAACUGUAGCUAGAAUUACAACAAAUAAACCAAGUUCCCAAAAGCCAACAACGCUGAAGCCAAUUGAGCCAAGUAAAACAACAAAAAAGCUAAGCACCCAAAAGCCUUCAACGAAACAGCCAACAGAUUCAAGUUCUACAACAAUUAAGUCAAGUACAACAACGCUAAACCCAACUGAAGCAAGUACAAUGACAAUUCAGCCAAGUACUCCGAAGCCAACUCAAACAAAUAGAACAACAAAAAAGCCAAGCACCAAAAACCCGACAACGUUCAAACCAACUGUAGCUAGAAUUACAACAAAUAAACCAAGCACACAAAAGCAAACAACGCUGAAGCCAAUUGAGCCAAGUAAAACAACAAAAGAGCCGAGCACCCAAAAGCCGUCUACAAAACAGCCAACUGAUUUAAGUUCUACAACAAUUAAGUCAAGUACCCCGAAGUCAACUAAGUUGCAGCCAACUCUAACAACAAUUAUUCCAAGCACCCAAAAAUCGAAUACAGUAAAGCCAACUGGCGCAAGUGAAACCUCAAUUAAGCCAAGUACUCAAAAGGCGACAACGCUGAACCCACAUGAAGCAAGCACAAUAACAAUUCAGCCAAGUACUCCGAAGCCAACUCAAAUAAAAAGAACAACAAAUAAGCCAAGCACCCAAAAGUCGACUACGUUCAAACCAACUGUAGCUAGAAUUACAACAAAUAAACCAAGUUCCCAAAAGCCAACAACGCUGAAGCCAAUUGAGCCAAGUAAAACAACAAAAAAGCUAAGCACCCAAAAGCCUUCAACGAAACAGCCAACAGAUUCAAGUUCUACAACAAUUAAGUCAAGUACAACAACGCUAAACCCAACUGAAGCAAGUACAAUGACAAUUCAGCCAAGUACUCCGAAGCCAACUCAAACAAAUAGAACAACAAAAAAGCCAAGCACCGAAAACCCGACAACGUUCAAACCAACUGUAGCUACUAUUACAACAAAUAAACCAAGUUCACAAAAGCCAACAACGCUGAAGCCAAUUGAGCCAAGUAAAACAACAAAAAAGCUAAGCACCCAAAAGCCUUCAACGAAACAGCCAACAGAUUCAAGUUCUACAACAAUUAAGUCAAGUACUCAGAAGUCAACCACUUUGAAGCCGACUCAAACCAGUUCUCAACAGCCAUCAACCCUGAAGCCAAUUGAGCCAAGUAAAACAACAAAAGAGCCGAGCACCCAAAAGCCGUCUACAAAACAGCCAACUAAUUUAAGUUCUACAACAAUUAAGUCAAGUACCCCGAAGUCAACUAAGUUGCAGCCAACUCUAACAACAAUUAUUCCAAGCACCCAAAAAUCGAAUACAGUAAGGCCAACUGGCGCAAGUGAAACCUCAAUUAAGCCAAGUACUCAAAAGGCGACAACGCUGAACCCACAUGAAGCAAGCACAAUAACAAUUCAGCCAAGUACUCCGAAGCCAACUCAAAUAAAAAGAACAACAAAAAAGCCAAGCACCCAAAAGCCUUCAACGAAACAGCCAACAGAUUCAAGUUCUACAACAAUUAAGUCAAGUACAACAACGCUAAACCCAACUGAAGCAAGUACAAUGACAAUUCAGCCAAGUACUCCGAAGCCAACUCAAACAAAUAGAACAACAAAAAAGCCAAGCACCAAAAACCCGACAACGUUCAAACCAACUGUAGCUAGAAUUACAACAAAUAAACCAAGCACACAAAAGCAAACAACGCUGAAGCCAAUUGAGCCAAGUAAAACAACAAAAGAGCCGAGCACCCAAAAGCCGUCUACAAAACAGCCAACUGAUUUAAGUUCUACAACAAUUAAGUCAAGUACCCCGAAGUCAACUAAGUUGCAGCCAACUCUAACAACAAUUAUUCCAAGCACCCAAAAAUCGAAUACAGUAAAGCCAACUGGCGCAAGUGAAACCUCAAUUAAGCCAAGUACUCAAAAGGCGACAACGCUGAACCCACAUGAAGCAAGCACAAUAACAAUUCAGCCAAGUACUCCGAAGCCAACUCAAAUAAAAAGAACAACAAAUAAGCCAAGCACCCAAAAGUCGACUACGUUCAAACCAACUGUAGCUAGAAUUACAACAAAUAAACCAAGUUCCCAAAAGCCAACAACGCUGAAGCCAAUUGAGCCAAGUAAAACAACAAAUAAGCCAAGCACCCAAAAGCCUUCAACGAAACAGCCAACAGAUUCAAGUUCUACAACAAUUAAGUCAAGUACAACAACGCUAAACCCAACUGAAGCAAGUACAAUGACAAUUCAGCCAAGUACUCCGAAGCCAACUCAAACAAAUAGAACAACAAAAAAGCCAAGCACCAAAAACCCGACAACGUUCAAACCAACUGUAGCUAGAAUUACAACAAAUAAACCAAGCACACAAAAGCAAACAACGCUGAAGCCAAUUGAGCCAAGUAAAACAACAAAAGAGCCGAGCACCCAAAAGCCGUCUACAAAACAGCCAACUAAUUUAAGUUCUACAACAAUUAAGUCAAGUACCCCGAAGUCAACUAAGUUGCAGCCAACUCUAACAACAAUUAUUCCAAGCACCCAAAAAUCGAAUACAGUAAAGCCAACUGGCGCAAGUGAAACCUCAAUUAAGCCAAGUACUCAAAAGGCGACAACGCUGAACCCACAUGAAGCAAGCACAAUAACAAUUCAGCCAAGUACUCCGAAGCCAACUCAAAUAAAAAGAACAACAAAAAAGCCAAGCACCGAAAAGCCGACAACGUUCAGACCAACUGUAGCUAGAAUUACAACAAAUAAACCAAGUUCUCAAAAGCCAACAACGCUGAAGCCAAUUGAGCCAAGUAAAACAACAAAAGAGCCUAGCACCCAAAAGCCUUCAACGAAACAGCCAACAGAUUCAAGUUCUACAACAAUUAAGUCGAGUACUCCGAAGUCAACCACGUUGAAUCCAACUCAAACAAACAAAACAACAAAUAACCCAAGCACCCAGGAGUCGACAACAUUCAAGUCACCUGUAACAAGUAUUACGUCAAUUAAACCAAGUUCUCGAAUGCCGACAAGUACAAGUACAAGCACUAGCAUCCAACAGCCCACAUGGCCGUCUAGUAAGAAACCAACGACAAAAACGUCGAAAACUACUACCGAAACGUUGCCACCUUUUAAUGUUUUUUAGGCGGGACUGCAAGCAAAGCGAAUGCUUUAAAGAUCCACUUGUGUGCUGUCUAUUAAAAAUUUCAUUUUGACCGAAAACUAGAAAACUUUAUUAGAGUAAUACUAAUAUAAAAGUAUUCUUAGAUUA